AUGAUUAACCACCCUUGUGAUUACAUAAAAUAUGGUUUUCCCUUAGGAAACAGCGUAUCUUCGAAACGAGACUUAACCAUCACCAAGGUUGCUACGCAGUUGCCUGUAGUCGGAGCUCCAUCACUGGAGACCGAAAUAAUGGGUAACCGGAAUCACGUUGCAUGGACAAGUGUCCGGCAAGAGCGAUGGGAGGGAGAGCUCGCAGUUGAAGGAGAAAUACCAUUGUGGCUGAAUGGCACUUAUUUAAGGAAUGGCCCUGGUAUGUGGCAUAUAGGAGAUUAUAAUUUUCGGCACCUGUUUGAUGGGUAUGCCACCAUUGUCAAGCUCCAGUUCCAGAAUGGUCAUUUAGUGGCUGGUCAUCGGCAGAUCGAAUCAGAGGCUUAUAAGGCUGCAAAGAAAAACAACAAGCUUUGUUACAGAGAAUUCUCAGAAGCACCAAAACCAAAAAAUUUCUUGAAUUAUAUAGGAAACUUGGCCAAACUCCUUUCUGGCGCAUCAUUGACUGACAAUGCUAAUACUGGUGUUGUGAAGUUAGGUGAUGGUCGAGUAGUUUGCCUAACAGAGACCCAAAAAGGUUCAAUAAUUAUCGAUCCUGACACCCUUGAAACGCUUGGAAAAUUCGAAUAUAGUGACUUAUUAGGUGGAUUGCUCCACUCGGCUCAUCCAAUAGUUACAGAUACAGAAUUUUUGACAUUAUUGCCCGAUUUGGUAAAUCCGGGAUACUUGGUGGCAAGAAUGGAGGUUGGAUCCAAUGAGAGGAAGGUAAUAGGUCGUGUCAACUGUCGUGGUGGUCCAAGUCCCGGUUGGGUCCAUUCAUUCCCAGUUACAGAGCAUUACAUCAUUAUACCUGAAAUGCCAUUAAGAUAUUGUGCGAAGAAUUUGCUUAAGGCUGAACCCACACCGCUCUAUAAGUUCGAAUGGCACCCUAACUCCAAAGCUUUUAUGCAUGUCAUGUCCAAGGCUAGUGGUAAAAUUGUGACAAGUGUAGAAGUACCAUUGUAUAUAACAUUCCACUUCAUCAAUGCAUACGAAGAGAUUGAUGAGGAGGGGAGGGUGAUAGGCGUGGUCUCCGAUUGUUGUGAACACAAUGCAGAUACUAGCAUUCUUGAUAAACUUCGUUUACAAAAGUUACGUUCACUUUCUGGUCAAGAUAUAUUGCCAGAUGCUAGGGUAGGGAGAUUUAUAAUACCAUUUCAUGGGAGUCCUUGUGGGAAGUUGGAGGCAGCUUUAGACCCAAAUGAGCAUGGCAGAGGCAUAGAUAUGUGCAGCAUUAACCCUAACUAUUUGGGCAAAAAAUACAGAUAUGCUUAUGCCUGUGGGGCACAGCGCCCUUGUAAUUUCCCUAAUACCCUAACUAAGCUUGAUUUAGUACAGAAAAAGGCCAAUAAUUGGUACGAGGAGGGUGCAAUUCCCUCCGAACCAUUGUUUGUGAGUCGACCUGGCGCAACAGAGGAAGAUGAUGGCGUGGUGAUCUCCAUGGUAAGUCAAAAUAAUGGCGGAGGCUAUGCAUUGCUACUAGAUGGAUCCAGCUUUGAAGAACUUGCAAGAGCAAAAUUCCCUUACGGCCUACCAUAUGGCUUGCAUGGCUGCUGGGUUCCUAAGAAAUAG